ACGGCGCGGAGAAUGCCAUCAGUUCGCCCCCUAGCUCGGCUGCAAAUUGCAUUCCGGCCGCGCGACCCAGGCCGUCAGGCGCGGCCCGGUCCCGAACUUUGCACCGUGACCACAAGGCACACAACGUCUACUCACUGUGACUGGCAGGCUCUUGAGAUCCGUGCCCGGGCCACCGCCAGAUGGCGGCGACGACGGGGUUCGCGAUGCGCUCCUGGAGCGUUGGUGGCGCCUCACUCCCAUUUCUGGCAUGUUGGAAGGGGGUUCAGACUAAAAAAAGGAUCAGCCACAUUGCGAGAUUUAAACUUACGGUGCAACGCGAGAAGCCGGGGGAAAGAGAUGGUGAGAGACCUGGGGCGGCGUCGAGAUCGAUGAAGAAGCGGCUUGACCAGGGCGUGCUUGGGGUGACAGAGGCAGCGCGCAUGUUUGGAGAGGGGGGGUGGGGGUGGGGGGGGGGGUGGGGAUGUUGGUGGUUAUGUGGUUGGGGUACGUUUUCGAAGCCGAAGGAAGCUGACUUUGGGGUGAGAGAUGGGGGAAGAGCAGCGCUCGCCUGGGAAGGGAGUGGUGAUGGUGCCGAAGCGACAGGAAAUAGGACGGAGGACCCGCCCGGAGGGUGUGGGGUGGAGGAAAGGUGCGCGACGGGCAUAGCCCGGCGGCGAGGAGGCGAGUCUUUAACCCUUUACUUGACUGGUGGCGACCGAGGUGGUUAUGUUCGUUGUGCGCUUGGGAGAAUGGGCGGCGCGGGUGCAGUUGUGGAGAGGGUAUUUGGCUGAAUGACGGGCAGGAGCGCUGUAAUAGCGCUGGCGAGCGGGGAUGAGAUGAGAAGGNNNGGGGGGGGGGGCGGCGAGGUGUGGGAGAGAGAGAGAUGGAGGAGAUUGAGGAGGUGAAGAGGUUGCUGGUUGUUGUUGAGA